AUGGAGAAGGCUGAGGCGAUGGAGAGAGUGGGGAGGGAGGGGGAGAGCUUGGGGGAGAGGGAGGGGUUGGCGGGGAAGGAGAUUUGGGCGGACUUGGGAACGGGGAUGGCGUGUGAGGUGGCUGCAUUGAAUGCGGCAACAUAUGGCUUACAGGCCUACGUACACGUGGCACGUGGUGAUUGGUUUGCGCCUCUGCAUGAGAUGGGCCUGCAUGGUCGGCUGCACGGCAUAGUGAGCAACCCCCCCUACAUCCCAUGCCAUCUGCUGCCCUCGCUGCAACCUGAGGUGCGGCUACAUGAACCCUCGCUGGCCCUUGAUGGAGACGCUUAUAAGGAGGAUGAGUACAGUUCUGUUGCUGCUGAUGCGGCCACUGCAGGUGCCACUGCUGCUGCUGGUGAUGCUCGUGGGGAUGCUACCGGUGGUGCUGCUGGCCAUGCUGAUGGUACAAAAUCUGCUGCUCGUGCAUCAGCUACUCUUGAUAGCACAAUCUCUGCUGCUGAUGGUGAUGGUGAUGGUGAUGGUGAUACCAACACGGAUGGCACGGCAUCUCUGCGCCACAUCUCUCAGAAUGCAUCCACCUUCCUUCGCCCCUUCGGCUUCCUUGCGCUCGAGACUCAUGGGUGGGGUCAAGCGGAGAUAAUUGCCGAUGUGUUGGUCAAUCAGAGAUCGCCAGAUGGCAGGUUGUUGUAUUGUGAUGUGCAAGUAGCGAAAGACUGGUAUGGCGUUACUCGUUUUAUGGAGGAUGACAUUCGCGUGGCGCCUCACGACCUGCACCGCCCGCAUUUGACGGCCGUCAGCUCAGAAAUUAAAGCCAAAUACUUCGAUAAGGUGUUGCGCAAUGUGGGUCUCUGCAUAUCGCUGUACGACCUGCAGUCAGUGGAAGGAGGCUUUAUCUACCCAUCCGACCCUGGCCCUCAUUUCACUGUUCGCUUUCGACUGGUCGUCUUCUCACCAUUUGCAGGGGAGGUGCUUGUGGGCAGGCUGGUGAAAUGCGAUGCCACAGGGCUCUAUGUAUCGCUGGACUUUUUUUCGGAUAUACACAUUCCUCAUUACAACCUACAAGAGCCUUCAGUUUUUGACGAGCAGGAGAAGCUAUGGGUGUGGAAGUUCAACGACAACGACAUGUUCCUAGACAUGGAUGAACUGAUUCGGUUCAAGGUGGUGAGUGUGAAGUAUCCCCCACUGCCUGUGGAGCAGGAUAAGGGAGCCACUGCCUUUGCGACUAUGGAGAUCGUUGGUGAUAUUAACGGCGAUGGGCUCGGAUUGCUCUCUUGGUGGUCCUUUCUCGCCCUCACCCCGCUUGGCUGUUCCGCCAAGCCUGCGUCUGCUCGUGCGCUGCCCCAGCGGAUCGUCGCCAUGACUCUAAAACUCUACACCUCCCCGCACAACAAGAACGCCUAUAAGGCGCUGAUCGCGGCGCAAUUCGUUGGCGUGAAGAUCGAGAUCCCCCCAUACCAGUGGGGCGUCACCAACAAGUCGGAAGAGUUUACGAAGCUCACCCCGAUCGGCAAGAUCCCACUGAUUGUCACUCCUGAUGGGCCAAUCUUCGAGAGUAAUGCCAUUGCCAGAUACGUCGCCAGGCUAGCGGACAAGGGCCUGUUCGGGUCGAAUGCGUACGAGCAGGCGCAGGUGGAGCAGUGGAUUGACUUUGCAACCAAUGAGAUUGACACCCCUGUGUACCAGUGGAUCGGGCCGCUCUACCAGUAUGGCACCAGGAUUCCGGAGGUGGAGGAAAAGGCUAUAGUGAACGCCAAGAGGGGGCUAGCAGCUCUGAAUUCGCAUCUUGCCAACCACACGUACCUGGUGGGGGAACGGGUGACGCUCGCUGACAUCAUCACGGUGUCGGUGCUGACGUCACCCAUCCGGGGCCUGUGGAGUGAGGAGUUCAUGCGGGAUUACCCCCACGUGCAGCGGUACUUCUUCACGCUCGUUCACCAGAAGCAGUUCAAGGCGGUCAUUGGGGACGUGGAGCAGAUCGCCAAGGUACCUACAGAGGUCGUCAAGUGGGAGGACUCUCCCCUAUUCAAGCUUAUGAAGCCCAAACAGGACGACAAAGCAGCAGCAGCACCAGCAACAGCAGCAGCAGCAGCAGCGGCAGCAGCGGGAGGGGGUGAAGGGGAGGAGGGGGCACCUAAGCCCAAGGCAAAGAACCCUCUGGACCUGCUCCCGCCCAGCCCCAUGGUGCUGGAUGCAUGGAAGCGUCUUUACUCCAACACCAAGGCGAACAACUUUAGAGAAGUGGCGAUCAAAGGCUUCUGGGAGAUGUUUGAUCCUGAGGGCUACUCUCUCUGGUUCUGCGACUACAAGUUUAACGACGAGAACACUGUAAAAUUCGUGACGCUGAACAAAGUGUCAGGAUUCCUGCAACGCAUGGACCUGGCCCGCAAGUAUGCGUUUGCCAAGAUGUGCAUUCUGGGUCCAGACGAGGGCCCGUUCGUGAUCAAGGGCGUGUGGCUGUUCCGGGGGAGUGAGGUGCCUCCAUUCGUGCUGGAAGAGUGCUACGACUGCGAGCUUUACGAGUGGAGCAAGGUGGACCUGAGUGACGAGGCGCAGAAGGAGCGUGUGAAUGCUUACUUUGAGGAGCCUGAUGAGGUCGAUGGGCUCAAACUGCAGGAGGCCAAGUGCUUCAAGUAG